AUGUCUGCUACUGAGACUAUCACUGUACCCGUCCAGCCUGAUAUUCAGUAUCAUCCAGAAUAUGAGAAAUAUAAAGAGCGUACACGUCGCCGCAAGGCGACUGAGACUCUACAGACCUCUUUGCCCGCGGGGUUUCCACAGCAGCUCAUAUCACCACUUGUUUGGGAAGGAAAGGAUGUUGAGAAAGGGGACGACUGGAUUUAUCAUUUGAAAGAUGAUCAGUUGGAUGAAAUAGAUGCUGCUCUGAAAAGCUUCAAAGCUCUCAACCUUCCUCUGGGACAUAUCAACCAGUCAACCUUCCCUCUUCCUACCCUUCGACCCACACUGCGAGACUUGUCAAAGGAAAUCCACACUGGUCGCGGUUUUGUCGUUCUCCGAGGCCUGCGUAUCGAUGAAUACUCCCGCGAAGACAAUAUUAUUAUCUAUACUGGAGUAUCGUCUCAUAUCGGAAAUAUCCGCGGGCGCCAGCAGGAUACCCGACUGGCCAACGGCACUUCGCCCGUGAUAUCGCAUAUCAAAGACCUCACUAGCACAACUGAGCGGGAGAAGAUCGGUGCGCCCUCGAACACGGCCGAUAAGCAGGUUUUCCAUACCGAUGCCGGUGAUAUCAUCUCACUGCUAUGUCUCAAUCGAGCCGCGGAAGGAGGUGAGAGCUACCUGUCUAGUAGCUGGCACGUCUAUAAUAUCCUGGCUAAGGAGAGACCGGAUCUUAUUCACACUUUGUCUCAGGACUGGCCAGUCGAUGGGUUCAACAAUCCGUCCAAGCCCUAUACUCUCCGCCCUCUGCUGUAUCAUCAGCCUGCUACGGCAAAUACACCCGAACGCGUUCUUAUUCAGUACGCCCGCAGAUACUUUACUGGCUUCCUGGCUCAACCCCGGUCUAAGGAUAUUCCUCCUAUCUCAGAAGCUCAAGCCGAGGCACUCGACGCGCUGCACUUCUUGGCGGAAGAGCAUAGAGCUUCUCUGGAUUUCCAAAAAGGUGAUGUUCAAUAUGUGAAUAACCUCAGCAUCUUCCAUGCUCGUAAUGGAUUUAAAGAUGAGCCUGGCCACGAGCGUCAUCUAUUGAGACUUUGGUUGCGAGACCCUGAAAAUGCAUGGGAAACACCCCGGCAGCUUCAGGAUCGCUGGGAUACGGUUUUUAAGGAUGUUGCAGAGGACGAGCAGACUUUCCCUUUGGAGCCUGCUCUUCGUAAGAAUAUUGGAUCUUGA